AUGACACUCUUCGUGGCCGCGAGGCUGGCCCAAUGCACGACGGCAGUCUGGCUGUCGGUGGCCCGGAUCGUCGCCGUCACGUGCCCGAUCUGGUGGCGGAACAAUGGGCAGCCGGCCGUCAUCCCCGCGGCGAUCGGCCUGAUCACCGGCGCCACCGUCGUCUACACGGCCAUCCAGCCGGCCGCCUUCCAAGAGAUUGCGGCGGACUCGUGGAUCGCCGUGGCGCAGGUGGCCGACCCGUGGCUCUGGGCGAUGGUGUUCGUCGUCGGGCUCGGCUCGACCGCCCUCCACGCCAUCGUCGCCAUCGCGCUGGCUGUCACGCUGAAGCGACAGGGCCGCCCGUCCACGCGGCCGCUCCUGGGCGCGCUGCUCGCCAUGGCUCCCAAGCUCUACGAGACCUGGAUCUUGGUGGCGAGCGGCCUCCAGGAGCUCCACCCGGUGCACCUGUUCUGGGGGCUCUGCUUCGCGAACUUCGCGUACGGAGCGCUCCAGCAGGCCGGGGUGACGCUCUGCUACAGCGAGCAAUCCCAGAGGAUGCGCGACCGGCGGAAUUGGCUGGUCUGGCGCGCUGGGGUGCGAGGCACGAGGCCGCCACGUGAACCGCGACGACCGCCAAGGGACACAGCCACCACCAGCGUU